AUGAGACUCAAAAAUGGGCGGUGGUUGUACAACGAAAAAGAACAAAAUGCGUCGCGUUUCCUCAAAUUUGACGUUGAUGCUACACAGCGACUCGCUUGUACUGCAGUCGGAGCUCAGCGAUGUACUCAUUUCAAAAAGGCUCGUAUAACAAGAUUUUUACGCUCGGUUUCGAUGAUGGACGAGAAGUUAUCGAUACCCUCUGGCCAAUCCAUGUGGAUGCCCGUCCCUGCAGAAGAGCUCGCCUUCUGA